AUGCUGCCUGUCCUCCGCCAUAGUCAUCUUUGCAUCCGACCUGCACUGGACAAUCUACGAAACUUGAAGCCCGCAGCACCGAAUGGUCGCAAUCCCCUCCUCACCUCGUCGUGUGUUCGCUACAUGUUCCUCUCCUCAUCCUCAACCGAUCCUAUCACCAUAUCUCGGGACCGUCAGAACGUCACAAUCCGCCUGCAAGAUGAAAGCUUCAUCACGCGGAAAAUCUCGCUCACGCCCAAAGUGAGCACAGAGAAGAUUGCCGAAUCUUUGGUUCCAUUACUUUCGCCCCCAAAACGGUCGAAUUCGAUAGCGUCAGGCUGGCCACUAGCUGGACCGCAAUCCUUCGGCUCUCUCGAAUGGGAACUCGAUCCCUUGGGCGAUGCCAUUCACCGGCAUCUAGCUCUAUCAUCCGCGGAGGAAUGCGACAGAGUCAUCCAGCUGAUUAUGGAUGAAGCCGACAAAUUAAAUCACCAUCCGCAUAUUGCUCGGGGGAGUUGGAAUCAAGAUCCAGAUAAUUGUAUCACAGUCACGUGCACGACGCAUAGUCCUCGAGGGCUUAGUGCUCGGGAUACGAGGCUGGCCAUGAGAAUAAACGAACUACUGGCGGGACAGCAAGUGACGGAACCAGCCCGAGGGACAAAUCAGGAUGCAACAGUGGAACAGAUCACGCGGCAACGUGAUCGUAUGAUAGGAACCAAUCGACAGAGGAUAAUGGAAGCCCUAGAAAGUUGCAGCUGCAGCUCGGACAAGACUUAG